AUGGAAAACUAAUCUGAAGUAUAUGAUUCUAACAAAUCAUAAUCAAAUCAUAAGUAAUAAUAUUCAAAGGGAUCUGUAUUAUAUCCUCAAAGUUUUCACUCAUAAAAAUAAAGCAAUUAAACAGCAUAAUCAAAAGCUUUUAAUAAUUCAUAACUUUAAAGAAUAAGUUCCUCUUAGAAUAAAAAUGAACUUUUAAUAUAAAACAAUAAAUAGGAGGAUCGUAAUAAAUUUAAUGAUUUAAGUAAAAGUUAAAAUCAAUAGGAUGCCAUUAAUCAAAUAGAGAAUUAGGAUGAAUAAUCAAAUUUAUAAGAGUAAGGUAUUGAAGCAGAGUAAACGUUUCUAUAAAAUUAAUCUAAAAUGUUGGAAAAUGUUGAAGAUUAAGAUUUAUAAGAUCUACCAGAUAAAAAUUAAACAAAAAGAUUUGAUGAUUAAAGUAAUAAUUAGACCUAAAUUGCUAAAGAUGAAAAUCAAUCAAAUAUAGUCAUAAAAUACAUGCCAACUGAAAUAACUGAUGCUUAAAGCAAUGAUAAAAUGUUAAAGACUUAGGAAGUAGUGGAAAAAUUCAAAUAAGUUCUCAAAUCUCCAAAAACUAGAUCACCAUAACCAUCAUCUGAUGAUCCUUAAUAAUUAAAUAAACCAAUUAUAAAACCUUUAUAACUAUUUUAAUAAGACAAUGAAAGAAGUUAUGAGAAAAAUGUUGAUACGAAUUUAAAAGAAAUUUAUAGAUUUUACUCGAAAUAAGCCUAAACUUCUAAUAAACAAACUACUUUUGAUUAACUUCAUUAAAUUUAAUAAGUAAUGACAUUACAAAAAUUUAUGUAUUUUUGUAAAGAUUUCGAAUUAAUAGAUUUGGAAAUAAAUAAUGAUUUUGUCUAUCAAUAUACUGGUUCAACUGCAACUAAACCUAUAAAUAAAAUAAAAUAUAAACAUAAAGAAAAAGAGAAUUUUAUUGUUACAAAAUUAAUAUUAGUAGAGAUUUUUAAAAAGUGUUCAAAUAUAUAAGAAUUAACUUUUUAAGAAUUUUUAAUUGCUUUAAUAAAAGUUGGUGAUUUAAUAUUUCCAGUAGAUAAUUCUUUAAAAGCAAUAUAUGAUUAUUUAGGAGUUCAUGAUCCUAAAAUUUAUCGUAAGAAAAUGGUUGUUGUUGGUAAACCAUUUAACACUAAAGAUCAAGGUGAAAUUUUAACUUAAGAAAAGUUAUAUUCUCGUAGAUUGAUUCUUCAAACUAAACCAAAACUAAGAUCUGAUAGUUAUAAAUAUGAACCACCAGUUGCUAAUAUUAAUAAUAUAUCAAUAUAAGAAAAGCCAAAAAAUUUAGCUAAAAAUUAAUAAAAAUAGAAAGAGAAAUCUAAUAAUUUAAUAAAAUGGGAGGAUUUAGGAAAUGUUACAAAAGAAUUUGAUCCAAAAGAAUUAUUGCUUGAAUAAGAUUUAUCAGAUAAAGAAGAUGAGUAUUAUUUAUAAGAAUAUUUAAUAAAAAAAGAUGAAUCUUUGUUCAAAGGAUAAAAAAAAAAGUAAUAAAAUAAUAAUAUACAAUAUUUAGAAUAAUAAAACUAACAAGAAGAUAAAUCAUUAAAAUAAAAUUAGAAUAAUAUUACUCUAUAAGAAUAUUCAUAAUUUGUGCCUAGUUAAUAAUAGUUAUACAAAUAAUUAAAAAAUUAAUAAUAAACUUAAUAAUUGUAGCCUAUAACAUAAAUUGAUUAAUCUCCUAUUAUAAAUCUCAAUUAAUUUAGGAAUUAAACUCCAUUAUUAUUAUCUAAAUAAAAAAAUUUGGUUAGUGAUAGAUAAUCAAUUGAAUCUCAAUCUUAAUCAUAAAAAGCAUAAUAAAAUAAAGGCUAUAAAUAAUCAACAAAAGCUGUUUUAAAUACAUCUGUUGAACAUAGUUCUCCAACUACAAUAAGAAAAGAAAAUGAUGUAUUAAAUGCUAUAAAAAGAAUCCAAGCUGAGAAAAAGUAAAGGGAAUAACAAAUUUUUGUUGCUUUUAUUAAAAACUAAGAAGAGAGAGAGAGAAAAGUAAAUAAAAAAUGA